AUAUGUCUCGUGUCCCUGCCGUUCUCAACGCCACCGAGGAAGAUAUUCAACUUCUUUUGAGUGCUCAAUGUCACAUUGGUACCAAGAAUGCCAACAUUCGUAUGACUCCUUACAUCUUCAAGCGUCGUGCUGAUGGUAUCAAUUUGAUCAACAUUGGUAAGACUUGGGAGAAGCUCAUCUUUGCUGCCCGUGUCAUCGCUGCUAUUGAGAACCCUCAAGACAUUGUUGUUGUUUCUGCUCGUCCUUAUGGUCACCGUGCUGCCCUUAAGUUUGCCAAGUACAUUGGUGCUGAAGCUAUCGUCGGUCGUUUCACUCCCGGUACCUUCACUAACUACAUCACCCGUUCUUUCCGUGAACCUCGUUUGGUUAUCUGUACCGAUCCUCGUUCUGAUUUCCAAGCUAUCUUGGAAGCUUCUUAUGUUAACAUCCCUGUCAUCUCUCUUGCUGAUACUGAUGCCUCUCUUAAGUUUGUUGAUGUUGCUAUCCCUACCAACAACAAGGCUAAGCACGCUAUUGGUUUGAUUUACUGGCUCUUGGCUCGUGCUGUCCUCCGUCUCCGUGGUACUCUUGACUACAACACUCCUUGGGAUGUCAUGGUUGAUAUGUUCUUCUACCGUGAUCCUGAGGAAAUUGAGAAGGAAAAUGCCGAAGCUGAACUCGCUGAAGGUGGUGACUUUGCUGCCACUGCUGAAGCUGCUGCUGGUGAAUGGGCUGUUGAAGGUGAUGCUGAAGGUGUUACUGGUAUUGCCGCUGCCGCUGAAUGGUCUGCUCAACCCACUGACUGGGCUGAAGAAACUGAAGCUCCCGCUACCUCUUCAUGGGAUGCUUAAAUAAUAUAGAUGUAGAGAAAUAAAAAUCAAAAAAAAGACGAAAGAAUAUUUUCCCUUUUAUUUAAGGAGUGGUUAUUAUUAUUAUUUUAAGAGUACAAAGGAGAGGAAUAUUAUUUUGUUACACAUGAAAUUAUUAAUUUUUUUAUAUAAAAACAAAAAAGUUUAAUUGCUCUUUUUUUUUUGUUUUGUUUUACUUUUUAUUAUAAAAAAAAAAAUG